AUGGGGGAAGAGACCGGAGCUGCCUCGGCGCGUGGUCGACCGGAUUCCAGCACGGCCAAGAACCGAGAUGCCGCCAAGAAGCGGGCGGCUCUGUGGAAGAAGCAGAUCAAGAGCUUCAAGCUCAAAGACGUCGGCAAGAAGGUGGACGCCGUGCGCUUCUGCGCCCAAGACGAGCGGUUCUUCCGAGAACAGGCGGAGGUGCUCCCGCUGCUCGUGGGGUUCCUGUCCAGAACGAAAACCCCGGAUCUAGUCGUGGAGACGCUGAGUGUGAUGUACACACUGCUGUCAACUCCAACUGCCUCUGAGAGCAACGAGUCUGACGCUGAAGCCAUUCAUCCAGAGUUGAACGCUGCGUUUAUCCUCAAUCGCAGUGUGAGCGCCGACUCAGCGUGGAAAGCAGGAGAACCGUUUAUCAACCUCUUCAACUUGGCUACAUUGUCUCCAGACAUUCGAAUCAAAGCAAUUGAAGUGUACGACCUUCUCCUUCGAGCCAGCAUUGCACACUCUGAACCAGCAGCUGAAGCCACCACGACGUUGCUUCAGUUUCAGUCCGUUGGAUCUCCUUGCUCGGCGUUGCUCAGUUGUCUGGGAGUCGAUAACGGCGAGUUGCAGUUCGCUGCUUUGUUGUGUCUCCGCUCGCUAAUGAAAACCUCUCCGAACGAGGAGUUUCUAGAAAAAUUCGAGAUGGAGACGGGUGUUUCUCGCACAUUGGAGUUUGUAGUUCAUUCGGAACGGCGAUUCCACCGCCCAGCGCUCGACAUUCUGGAACGAUUAUCUCAUUUCGAGUGCGGGCGAGAAUACUUGAAGAAUAAUGAUGCAGCAAAGUUUCUGCGUGAUGCGAUCCGGGAAGCUCAGGAAACAAUUGUGAAGACGUCUACGAUUGUUCCUGUAAGUGGAAUGGAUUCGAGUCCGUUAUCGUCUGAGGACGCUCCGUUAUUAUGCGCCAAUAUCGAAAUUAUUUGCCAAGUCUUCGCUCGAUUGACUCUCGCAAAGGAACAAGUGGCUGCAAACAACUACGUUGCAGGAGACCAGACUCUGUUCAUGGACUUCAUCGAUGCUGGGGUCGCCAUACUUCUCUACGACAUCAACAGCGCUCUAAAUCCCGUACCAGUCCCAACGGAAUCUCCACGGACGACUGGCGGCGCGGCAGCGGCGGCAGCAGCCACCGCUAAUGCAGCAGCAGCUAACGCCGCAGCUUUGGCGUCAUUGCUCCCGUUCAGUAUAGACCGUUGUAUGGCCGUCAUCUCCACUGUUGGUCGUUUGGUGGAGCAUAGUGAACUAUGCAAGGCGCACGCGAAGUCCAAGGGGAUUUUACCGGUGCUACUGGACUGCUUCAAGGUGAAAGGGGCGGACAAGCUUCAUCAAGUCGGGGACAAGCUUCUUCACUUAUACGCUCCGUCGACGGGAGAAAGACCUCCUCUGGUGGCGGUUGAUGCUGUAUUGACUCUACUGGAAGCUAGUCAUGCAACUGCCAACGAACCGCUGGUCUUUCGCCACCUCCGAUGGAUCGCAGCUUUAGUUGAUUUGCCAGGGAAUGCCAACGCCUUGGGCGAGCGAGCCGUCUCCCUCUUUCUUCAGAUUUUGGCUGAUACUCCGUCAAGUGAAGAGCUGCGCUUCGCAUUCUUGGCGAAGUGCAUCCGCGCGAUUGUACUGCAGAAUUCCGCUGCUCUGGAGCCAGUUAGCGAUAGCUGUCGGCUGGAGUGGAUUGACGAGUACGACGAGCAAGCAGCUUUUGAUCCAAACCCUCUAACUGAGGCCUGCCACGAUGUCGACGUUUAUCUUUCGGUCGCCGACGCGCUGACCGCGUUGACUGGUGCGUUUCUCAGGUGGAACUCGACCAGUAAUGGGCCGACCACAACCGACUUCAGCGAGCUCAUCGCUUCCAAGCUCGAAUCGGAGCACGCCGCAUCGGGAAAGGCCGGAAUUGCCACAACGGCUGGGAGUAAGAAGAAGUUGGCAACAGAUCCGGUUAAAGCAUCAGCAGUGGGGGAAGCAGUGAUGCUGGCGGUCUUGGAGAAGGGCAUGCAGGUGCCCAAACUAGUCUCGAAGUACGCUGCAGUGAACCCCUCCGUGUGCGUGACUUUGCUGGAGCUUUUGAACAAUUUAAUGACUGUUCCUGGAGGACUCAAGGUCCUGCUGAAUCUGGCAAAAGCUGAGCUACAGACGCACGCCCAAGCCGAGACAGUAACACCGGGUGAAGCCGUUAAUGAGUGGCCUCUGUCAGCUCAACUAUCUGCUCAGUCAGAGCACGCUCGCUUGCUUAGCCCAGUUCUGGGCGUUCUUCAGUCCCCUGAUACCUCCUUUAUCGAGAUCGAAGCUGCCGUUCGGACGAUUGCUGUGCUGACGAGUGACUUGGAGACUACGGACAAGGAACCACCUACAUCGGCGCCUGACCCUGUUGUUGAGACUGCGAAGAGCCCGACUAAAGGUGCAGCUGCUGCCGCUCCCCCUCCUCCUGCCGCUCCGACUGUUCCAGAACUCGUGGUCAGGGAGAGCGACCGCUUCAUCAAUGCCGCUCUGGGUUGUGGAGCGCUAGUGCUGCUCCUAGCCUUCAUGGACCAAGCUCGACUACCAGUCGGAUCGGGAGAUUCACCCGACCGAGUGAGGCGAAUGGAGACGCAAAUUGAGGAAAUGGUGAUGAAGUUCAUCACUUUGGCGCAGAUGAAGCAGGAACACAUCAUUACCAAGUACCGGGAGAAGCUCGAGCAAGAGCAACCACCAACUACCGAAUCUCCAUCCUCAACGCAGCCUUCAAAGGACCCAGAGUUGCCUUAUCAAGCUCGGUGGGCUCAAUUGCUACUUGAUCACAAGUUCAGCGUUCCUCGCUUUGGCUACGAGUCAUACAGUGCGUUACUUCUCGCUUCAGAGCUCGCCCUCCCCAAGCUCGUCUCGACGCUCCUGAACGCUGGAGCUUCCUCGAAAACCGCUUCACCUGAGGGGGUGACGCCGUUGAUGAUCGCGUUCCUCGUCGGGAACGAAGAGAUGGUUAUCGACCUGCUCGACGCCAGCGCUGACGUGAACGCCAUAACCAAAGACGGCCACGAUCUGACGGUAUGGAACUGCACGCUGGCCUCUCCGGUGAAGGCGCGCGUGAGCAGCAUGAUCACAAAAGCGUACAGCAGCUCGGACGCGUCAGAUAUGGGGAUAAGCAUGAGCUCUAGGAUUCAGCUGGACUCGAUCGAGGGGUCUCUGCAAUUCCUCGACAUGUGUCUAGACGCUGGCGUGGACGCCAACGUAUCGAACGCCAACGGAGACUUCCUCCUGCACGCGCUUCUCUCUAAGUCCAUCGUACGUCGCAAACUACGUGGACUGGACUUGUGCUUCCGCUACAAUUCCUACUACGAAGACCGCAGACGCCUGCAAAGGGCCGUGACUGAGCUGGUCGAGGCGCAUGGAGCCAAUGUCAACAGCUGCAAUCGACUGGGCCAAACUCCGCUCCAUUUGGCGCUGUUGUACGGCUUCACGGGCAUCGCGAAGAUCCUCUUGAAGCGUGGAGCGAACCCGAAUGUCCAGGGCGUCUACGGGCACUUGCCAUUGCACUACGCGUGCCUCGGAUUCUGCGGUAGUCUCGACGGGAGCGACGGUGAAGCUGUUGAGAUAGCGCGUCUACUGCUGGAGCAAGCCACGAAGUACCCGUGCACACUUGGAGUCCACUCCGAUCGACGCAAGCACAAGUCUGCAGCUGAGAAACAGGCGCUGGCGAUUGAAAACAUCCUGGAAAGCGGCUUGCAGAGUGUCGUUGAGCCCCAAGCGAUCGUCCAGAAGCUUGCCACUGCCCAGCAGAUGCUCACGACGCCAUCGUUUGUAGGGGAGUUUCUGCCCUGGCACUUUGCGUGUGGAGCGCACGUGCAGCUCUCGUCGGUGUUGUGCCUUGAUGACGACAUGCAGAAGUGGUUUGAAGCCAACGGACAGGCUCGAACUGGGAUUGUAAGCUAUUUAGUCAGCGAGUGGGAGAUCGACAUCAGAAAAUGCGCUAGUGAGGGGGUGACAGCGCUGCACUUGGCAGUGAAGAGCGACGUGAACGGGAACAACCUGCCGGUGGUCGACUUGCUGCUGGAAAACGCUGGCUCCGGGCUCAAUGUGAACGCAGUCCACGAGCACAUUCUCAUCGACACUUUGCCUGUGAUCCCGAGUGGAGCGCACGUGGUGUUUGUCGACGAGGAUCAAGAUAUGAAGCAGGCGUUCGUGUCUUCCCGGUCCAUAGACAGCAAGUAUCACAUCAUUCUCGCGGAUGGACAGCACGUCGACGGCAUUGCACGCGAUCGUCUGCAGGUCAUCAGCGAUCCGCACCAGAGAACGUCGCACAACUUCCACCACCACUACAAGUAUCUGCUGCCGAUGGAGAGCAGGUUCGCAGCUUUACACUACGCGCUGCAGUCGAACCAGGACACGCUGGCACUGCGAUUGCUAGCGCUGCCGAACAUCUCCCUCGACCCUGAAGGCAGUGACCUGCCGCUUCUUGCGCUCGCGUGUGCUGCUCGCCAGACGCCGGAGGUUGUGAGGCGGUUGAUCACCCAACAGGCGAACAUGCGCGUGCAUCUCCCACUGCGAACGUCCAAGUGUGAAUUGACGGUGGUAGAUGCGGGCACGUCGCGUACCAUGGCCAAGAGGAAGCACGCCGCAGCGCUGCAUUACGCUGUCAUUUAUGACGACUUGGGGAUGGUCGAGGCGCUGGUGUCGAGCCCAGAGGGGUAUGUGCAGCCGAAUGUCCGGCGGUCGGGAGAUGGCUUCACGCCGCUGCAUUUGGCC